UUCGGACCACAUUGCACAUGCUGGUCACAAACCCAAACGGUGCAUAACAUCAGAGAAAUCCUGUAUGUGCGCCUGCAGGUGAGUGACGUCAGUGAGACCGUUCAGCAAAGAAUGAGUAGGUGAAAUAAUGCCCACAGAGAGUCUGAGGAAAUCCGUGUAGCAUUUAACUUUAAAGAGGCAAAAAAUAAAACACUGAAAUUAAAUGGGUAAAUCGGCAAUAUCUGAUUAUGGAAGUUAAGUGAGGGGACGAGUACGCAGCCACCAGACUCUACCGUAACAGGAUCGGUCUCGAAGCAUCUUCAAGCCAGCCCUCCCUCGAGCUCAGAGCUCUUAUCCUAGCCUUACGACGGAGAAACGGACGCACCGCCCUACCUGCGCUUCGGUGGACCGACAACAUCAUUAGGUUAUUGUCGGACCAGGGAGGAGUAGAUGCAACAUUAAAAAAGACGCUGGAAUGAAAGAAGAAAAGGGGGGGGAGGAGGACAGGGAGAGUAUUUAGGUGAAGAUAAUGAAUGUUUGCCGCUGGUUCUGUUGUCCGAGAAGCGGAACAGGACCAGCGGAUGGGGUGAUAUACACGGCGAGGAGGUCCCGACGCUGGGCCGCCGGGUUUUGCGCCUCCCGGGCUGGUCUAUGGUGCUAACGGGAGAGAAUCCGAAGGGGAAGAAGAAUGGGGGACAGGGAGAGAAUGCAAGGAGUGACGGGGACAGCAGAAGCGCCUAAUAUUUCUGGGGGCGGGAGAGAGGAGCAGCGUCCUCUGAAGCAGUCUCUGACGGGCUCCCUGUGCCGGGAGUCGCACUGGAAGUGCCUCCUGCUGACGCUGCUCAUGUACGGCUGCUUCUGCACGCUGGCCUGGUGCGCGCUGUGCCGCGUGCCCGUCCUGGCGCCCGAGGACCCUGGCGGGGCCUACCACUACGGGGAGCGGGCGCGCCUCCAGCACGACAGCCCCUGCUCCAGCGGCUACGUCUACAUCCCGCUGGCCUUCCUGGCCAUGCUCUACGUGGUCUACCUGGUGGAGUGCUGGCACUGCUACUCCAAGACGGCCACGCUGGCGCAGGCGGAGGUGGCCGAGGUCUACGAGCGCGUGCAGCGGCUGCAGCAGGCCACGCCCUGCAUCUGGUGGAAGGCCAUCAGCUACCACUACGUGCGGCGGACGCGGCAGGUCACCCGCUACCGCAACGGGGACGCCUACACCACCACGCAGGUGUACCACGAGCGGGUGAACACGCACGCCGCCGGCUCCGAGUUCGACUACGCCCGGCACGGCGUGAAGGACGUGUCCAAGCAGCUGCUGGGGCUGCUGGAGCACCCGGCCGUGCGGCUGCGCUUCACCAAGUGCUUCAGCUUCGCCAGCGCCCGCGCCGAGGCCGCCUACCUCACCCAGCGCGCCCGCUUCUUCGGCGACAACGAGGGCCUGGACGACUACAUGGAGGCGCGGGAGGGCAUGCACCUGAAGAACGUGGACUUCCGCGAGCACAUGCUGGCCUUCCCGGACCCGGCGCGGCCGCCCUGGUUCGCCCGCCGCCGCGUCUUCUGGCUGGCGUCGGCGCUGCUGCUCUCCUGGCCGCUGCGCGUGGUGGCGGAGUACCGGACGGCCUAUGUCCACUACCACGUGGAGAAGCUGUUCGGCGACAGCGAGGAGCCCCGGGACGGCGGCGAGACGGGGAACGAGAGCGGCGGCGGCGGGGGCGGAGGAGGGGUGGGCUCCAGCUACCGCGCCAUCUCGCGCGUCAACACGGUGGACAUGACGGAGCUGGAGUGGCACAUCCGCUGCAACCAGCAGAUGGUGCCCAGCUACUCCGAGGCCCUGCUGAUGGACCUGGACUCGGGCGCCAACCCCCCGCCGCCGGCCAACGCCGGCAACGCCGCCGCCCUCGGCGCCGGCUACUUCCUCCAGAGCUGCCCCCGCUGCCGCCGGUCCUCCAGCAGCACCUCGCUCCCCUCGCGCAUCCGGGGCAGCGUGGCCCUGGGCGGGGCCAGCGCGCUGAUGAACGGCACGGUGGCGGGCAUGCGGGCCGGCGGCGGCGGGGGGGGAAGGCUGGUCCUGAGCCGGAGCGGCUUCUCGCUGGGGGGGCGACUCCAGGCCUCGCGCCCCACCUGCCUGUUCCACUCUCUCAGCAUGGGCGGGGGGGUCGGGGGCAGGGGGGGCGACGAGGGCGGCGGGGGCGGGUUCCUGGGCCUGGGGGGCCGGCAGGACGAGGAGAGCAGGGGCGUGCUGGAGGGAGACGGGGAUGACGACGAGGGAGAGGAGGAGGUGGGAGAGAGGGAGGAGGAGGAGGAGCAGGAGCAGGAAGGGGACGGGGAAGAGGCCAGGGAGGGGGAGAGAGACAGACCGCCAGCCUAUCAGGAUGCUUUCUUCUUUCCUGUGCUUAUUGUGCACGGGGAGGAGAGCUGCCAUGGAGGAGUGGGGAUAUGAGAGGGAGAAAGACCUAGAUAGAGGGAGAGAAAGAGAGGGGAAGAGAAGAGAGAGAGGUAAAGGUGGAUAAUGAAAAGCAGAGAGAAGCCAGAGCGGAAGAGGUUAAACCUUAGGUUAAACCUAAGAGAGCACAGUGCCAGAGUAAGGGAGAGAAAUCAAAGGCUGUUCAGAGACGAUUGUAAGGACUGUGGGGGGAAGCAGUUAAACCGACAGUUUCUUCCACAAUUAUUCUCACCCUCGAUAAAGAUGAACAUGGUAAGACUUCAUGAAAUAAAAAAAUCAGAUUACUGAGCUACAUUUCAGUAAGUAGAAGAUGGUCUGCCUUGAUAAUGAUUCAGUGGAAUAAGUCAAAAUAACACUUUUCUCAAAUUGUACAUUAAUUUCCCAAGAAACAGCACAUGUUCACACUCCUGUACUUUUUGCACCCUCCCUUCGUAUGGAUAACAUUACAGAGUAAUCUUUAAUAGUGUGUUAUGAGAUUAAUGAACAUAUUCCAUUGGGAUCUUUGACCAUUCUUUGACCAUCCAGAAUAUUUCAAGAUCCCGCAAAUCCUUCAGGUCUGCACUUGCGGACUGCCCUCUUCAAUUCAAAAGAUUCAAUUCUUCAGUUUAGACCGGGUUCAAGUCCGGGAACUGAGAUGGCUAUUACAUAACCGCAAUAUAGUGGCCAGUUAUUGGAUGAUUUUGAGGUAUGUUUGGGGUCACUGUCUUGCUGAAAGGUUCGUUUGCAGCCAAGUUUGAGUUUCCUGGCAGAGGGAACCAGGUUUGGCCAAAACGGUACUUCCUGGAGUUCAUGAUUCCAUCGACCUUAACCAGAGCCCCAGGCCCCAAGUAGAUGCAAGACAACCAAAAACCAAAACUUCAGACAUCUAUCACCUCAUUUCAUCAUAGGUAUGGCUUUUUUUUCAACAAAAUUGUUCUAAUGAGAAAACCAUCACUGGUAUGAAUGGCCAAAAAGCUCAGUUUUGGUUUAAUCUUUCAGCAAACCCCAUAUAAUUUAUCAUUGAUGGCCCUCAACAGAGGCUUUUUGUACAUGGGUUGUACAAUGUUGCCUCUUUUUUCACACCCAAGUGAAAAAGGAAUCAUGGGAGACCACCACCAUUGAGUUGAACUUUGAAAAAGUGCAUGUUAAUAUUGAAUAGGUUUGUUAAGUUUUAUUAAAAAUAAUGAUUAUGGGCGUGAACAACAGUGACAUAAAGUUUUUUCUCUAAUGAACCGUGUUAGUAUAAAAGAAAAAUGGCUUUAAAAUCUUUAUCAAGGGUGUGAAUACUUUUGGAGUGCACUGCAGCUAGAUAUCACGGCAGGAGUACGUUGUAUUAAUUUUCUUUUCCGCACUAUUACCUUCUGUUUAUGAGAGAAGGGUGAGAACGAUGGAGAAUCAGAUCAUUCUGCCUUUUUCUUCCAGUGCGUGCCUGUCUUCCAGCUAACUGAAACGGAGCACAGACAGCUCAGAGCUGUCCCUGACUCUGAAGCUGUUCAGGAAUGUCUUUUUAUUUUUCGGGAGCCAAAAAUCAGCUCUGUUGCCUUUAUUUUAGUUUUGUGGAAGGAACUAUCGGACAUUGUCCCUCGGAAUCGCUACAUAGCAGAGGAACACGUUUGGAUUUUUCUCUCCCGCUCUCUGUCUCUCUCUCUCUCUCAGACUAGUUCUCUCACACAAAAAACAAAAAACAAAACAAAAGCCGAGUUCUCAUAUCACAUCAGGAAAACUCAUGGACUGCUUUCCGCCAUCAUCACGAUCCGCUGCAUUCUCAAAACACAAAAUGAGUGUCUCAUAAAAGCGCAUGUGAUCAGUAAAGUGUGCGCGAUCUGCCAGGGUCUACAAUCAUAUUUACCUCCGUUGCAUUUCAUUACGUCAAAAGGACCGCAGCAGCAGCAGAAACAACAUCAGCCCAUUUGAAUGCCAUUGAUCUUUUCCGAGCUAUGGCUGAAAAAAUAAAGAAGAGAAGAAUGGAUCUGUUUCUCAGUGCUUCACCUCAAGGCUGGUGGCCUUCAGCCUGAAGUUCGGUCUGGAAGUGCUGCAUCUCUCCUAGCUCCUGUCUCCCUGUCCAGCAGGCUUCUCUGUGGGACGUAAGAGGUGUAUGAGCGCUUUGGAAAACAGCCCAGGGUUCAGACCCAAACAGUCUGUUUGUGGUACGAGCGCAGUCUCUCUACUCCGCCUUUGACCUGUGUGUAGGUCAUAGCCACGCCUUUUUUGUUCAGUCAACUGUAAAAAAAAAAAAAAAGAAAAGAAAAAAGAUUGGUAUGUCGAUUGUGUGUCUGUAAACCUGCUGUGUUGUUCAGCCUGCUUAACUCUAAAUGGAUAACUGUAUUCCAUAUUCAGGAUUGUGGGAGGUGGAAGACUGCAAUUUAACCCUAGCGUGUCGCGAUCUCUCCGCCUGUCUUUGUUUGCGUGCUAACUUACUGACCAAGGGAUGGACCCACCCCCUGACAGAUCGCAGAAUGAAAAGAGGAGGGGUUUAGACAGAGGUACUCAACCCAUCCAGCUUUACUGUUUCUUUGCCUGCUUGUCUUUGUUCCUGAGAAUGGAGAAAGACGGAAAGCAACCGAAGUGAAGGACGAGACAAGAGAAGAGGAAGCUGGGGCAAGAAAGGGGCAAGAGAAAUAUUGCUGUUCCAAGUGAUUUGUAGCGUUACAUUGACUGUCACCACUUGCUUUUUAGUGAAGAAAUCACAUUGUUUUUGCACUUGUUAUUUAAGUUUGUCUCUGCAUCUUGAUGUCAUUGUAAAACACCGUCUUGCCUCACACAAGGGAUUGCUCCCUAACUUGUCCACUGUGCUGUUCAGCAUUGCAGUAUGGAAGUUAGACGUGAUGCAAUUUGCUGUUCUCUCCUUACACAAUGUGUACUCGUGUAUGAUUGGCCCAGACUGGUAACAUGGGCUAUAUUUGUCUUAGUUGAUUGUGAAUUGCAAUCAGAGAAAGCGGACUUGCUGAUUUUGGUCACUGCAACAUUAGCACCAAUUCAUGAAAUGUCUUCAGGACACCUUGUGAUUGACUUUUUUUUUUUUUACACUGCUCUGAAAAUGCUAAACUCUUUCAAAUGCAGAAUUGCAUUGUUUUAUUUUUACUUGACCAUCUCACGAUUGUGCCACAUGGGGGUGGUGUUUUUUUAAAUUAUUAUUUAACCAUAAAUAAAUUUGUUGAAAAUGUAUAAGAAUUUCAUACGUAUGGACUGUUGUAAAAUGAUGUGACGAAUCAGGGCCACUCUGGCUAUGAUGCUCACACACAGGGCAGACAGAAGCCUGGCUUCCAGUCACAUAGCUGCACGUGUGCCAUUCUAAUGUAAACCAGUAACGUAGACUGCAUUCCAUUUUAUUGGGUCUCACUGACUGCUCAAGUGCUACUGACCCCAUAAAAAAAUUAUUACUGUGGAACUUUACCUCCUAUACUUGCCCAUCCCUCAUGGUUUUUCUUUUGCAUAAAUGAGCAGGUGACAUGUGCAUUGGUGCACUAGUGUAUGUUGGAAGGAGGGAUUGUGACGACUGUGCUUUUGCUUUUACCUGUUAUGAAGAGGGAGAGGGAAAGCACAAGUGAACCAUUGCUUCCAGUAGCGGUGGCUAUAUGCAGAUCUGCCAUAUAGCACAGGAAGUGAUUGUUUCCUUUCCCAGCAGGAUCCUUUUAUGAUACCAGAAGACUGCCACCGAAGCGAGAAGCGUAGCAUUGCUAAAGAAGCAUGCAAACCCCAUUCGGAUGACUAUGCAGUUGAGCUAAUGGAAAUCUCCGUUCUACGGUGUGCUGCUCUCCAAUAUUCCUAAUGCAGUUAUAAGCUGGGCACGAAGACUGCACACUGUCCAUUAAAUGUAUAGGUUGUGCAUUUGUUUUUACUUGUUUACUUUUUUUUUUUUUUUUUUUUACAAUUCUUUUGAAAUGUCUUAGUCUUACAGCUCCAGGAUAUUGCCAAGCUUCACCCAGGUUCUCUUAUAUCAAUUCCUCUGCUCAAAAUACUAUUAAGAGCCAUGACCCUGGGUUUAUGCCAACAAAUUCUGCCUUCACUCUCCCUGAAGCGGAUUACAUGAAUAAUUAAAUAACAAUAACUUGUGUCCAUUACUUUUUUUGAGCUGUCAGACUGCAGGUCAUGAUUUAUGUCAGUGGUCGUAUGGUCAUGCCUGGCCUUUGCACUAACCUUCAAUUUCAUCAGGGUUUGGUCAACAUACUGCGGGUCCGCACCAUUUUGCCGUAGAAAUAUUUCAGGCUCGCCUGAGGUAUGGCCGACCAGCUGUGAUUGGUCCAGAAAUAUGCACGCAUGGACACACGUUCAGAGGACUUCAGAAGCCAGAACUUCAGAAUUGUACAACACGGAUCUGUUCAUUGUCUCAGACAUGCACACGAACAUGCACAUGCAUGCGCACACACACACACCAGCCCGGUACAUGCAGUCAUAGCAGGAAAUCUUCGUAUAUGGUUAUUUUAAUUCCUAGUAUAAAUAUUGUUGUUUACAAAUGUAACGUGUUGUACAUGUUUGUCAGAUUUUUUUCUUGUCAGUCUGUUGUCUCUGCUGGAGUGAAUGGUUCUUGCUGUGCUGUAUAUUUUUGAGAUAUCUAUGGUUAUACAACGUCAUGGGGCCUCUGAGAACUGUCAAAGCUGACAUCAUGCCUGAUAUACACCCUGAAAACAAAGGUGGGCUUGCAUCACACCUUCAAAACAUGCCAUUUGUAAGAUUAUCUAACGGGCGGGGUAAAAAGUUUCAUCCACUUUAAUUAAUUUAUUGUGUGUGCCUAACAUCAUAAUUUGAGUACUGGCACUGUAUGACAUACUGUUGUAUUGAUUUCCCACUUUUACAAAAUUUUACAAUGUUGACUAAUUUUAAUAUUGAAUAUUAAAAAAUGACCUUCAAAUCUGCAUCAGAAUUAUCCAAUCAAAUGGUCAUUUUCAAGAUCAGUAUGUAUGUGUGUGUGUGUGUGUGUGUGUGUGAGUGAAUGCCAUUGUUCGAGUGAAUUAUCACGUUUGCCUCUAUUUCAGUCUGUACUUAAGUUCUUUUUUUGAGGGGGGGGGGGGGGGGCACACACUCUCUAGGCACAAACACCACACACACGGUCCAAUACACAUUCAAUCUGGGCAGGAAUCCCAGGGGACGCCUUUACUGUGUUCUCACGAUAUUGAUGUGACAGUGCUGUGAUGUUGAUGUGGCGUCCCAGUUACAUUGUCAGAAUGUUUUUGUGCAAGCAACAUGAAUGUGUACUGACAGUGAAAAGAUUGAUUUUGUAAAGGCAGAGAAUGUGCGUCCCUGAACACAGUAGGACAUAGUUGUGUUUAUCUUGUGGUUAAUGUGGGGAUGAGAGAAACACGGGUGAGACCUUAUCAGAGCUUGAUAAUUAAACACAGAUUUACACCCAAUAUUGAAAACGGUACUCCUGCUACUCCUACUACUAUUACUGUUAAAUGAUGAUGGUGAUGAUGAUGAUGGUGGUGGUGAUGAUGAAGACAUCAAUAAAAUCAAACUGCUUCAUUUAA